UGGCUGUAUUUCUUCUGUUUUAUGUCAAGCACGAUCAAAAAAUAGGUCUCGCAAAACAUUUCUGCCCCCUGCCGGAGAGGAGUAAUUUCCCUAUUCACGGGUGCAACACUGCCUCCAUUCGCUUUGGAACUAAAAUUGCAUAGCUAUCUGUCGUCAAUGCUUUGUGUCAACGAGCAGCAGCUGUCAGUGUUCGGUAGCUACAGCCGCUUGAAUGUAGCCUUAGCCAGGCAGGAGAUUGAAACGGACCAUCCGCAUGGGCUAUUUUGUCUCUCAACACCCAGCGGCAAGAUACGGAUCCAAGGAUGGUUUUAGUGCAUGUCGGAUAUCUGGUUCUACCUGUAUUCGGCUCAGUAAGAAAUAGAGGAUCCCACUUCAACAGGCAGCAGCAGCAACAACAGCACAGCCAUGCUACCUCCUGCCGACACUUCCAGCUAGGUCCCCAGGCCCCGCUGCACAUGGACUUCACUAUGCCCCACCCAGGGCAGCCUCAGUCGGGCAUCAACCCCCACCUAGCCCCCCCAGGCCACCAGCACGGCCCUCAGAUCCACCCGCCCCUCAACCCCCUGCCUGCGCCCCAGUUCCAAGACCUCCCCACCCCACCCUUCCUACCUCAGGCCUUACACCAGCAAUACCUCCUCCAGCAGCAGAUCCUCGAGGCCCAGCACCGACACAUCUUGACUCCCUCCAGGCGUACCCCAGAGAGAGUCCCCCACCAGCCCCACAGGAUGAGGCCCGGGUUCGAGUUUGCCCCCCCACUCCAUGUCCCCCCCCAGCCCGUGGUCCAGCAGCCCCGCUACCUGGCAGAGGGGACGGACUGGGACCUGAGUGUUGAUGCUGGGCUGCCCCCACAUCAGUACCACAUCCACCCUCUGCCACAGCACUACCAACACUACCUGACCUCUCCCAGAAUGCAUCACUUCCCCAGGAACAACGCCUCCACACAAGUGGUGGUCCAUGAGAUCAGGAACUACCCGUAUCCACAGCUCCACCUACUGGCGCUCCAGAGCCUCAACCCUUCCCGCCACGCAUCGGCUGUCAGGGAGAGCUACGAGGAGCUUCUCCAGUUGGAGGACAGGCUGGGCAGCGUGAACAGAGGAGCCGUCCAGACCACCAUCGAGAGGUUCACCUUCCCUCACAAGUACAAGAAGAGGGUCCUUCAGGACGUGAAGAUGUGUCUGGAGGAUGAAGAGCUGGACACAGAUGAGAAGUGCACCAUCUGUCUGUCCAUGCUGGAGGACGGGGAGGAUGUCAGGAGAUUACCCUGCAUGCACCUCUUCCACCAAUUGUGCGUGGACCAAUGGCUAGCCACCAGUAGGAAAUGCCCCAUUUGCAGGGUGGACAUUGAGACCCAGCUGACACCAGAGAGUUGAUGCCUCCUCUCCACCCCUGGCGCUCUGGAUCUGGUCUUGUAAUUUCCCUUCGCCCCCCCCCGCCCCUAGGGGGAGCUCUGCCAAACUAACCCUCUUAACAUCUGCAUCACGCUUCUGAUCCUGCCUUCUGAGCCUGCUGGAGAGGACAACCGAACGAGGAGGAGAUGGGGUGAACCAAGCACACAAAUCAAACACAGCGAGUGGGGCCUCCGAUGGAUGGACGGACUGAUUUGAUGACAGGAUGGAUGGCCAGGACCGAUGGAAGGAUGCGAAGAAGGAGAAGAGGAAAGGCAGAAUGUAUAGACAGAUGUGCUAAGCCCUAGAUGGUUCUCUGUUUUAUUGUGAACACUACUCUUACUAACCCCAAAUCCAACUGUCAUUUUGAUCAAGAUACUCAGAGACCAGGUGGUGACCCCCCCUGACCGCAGUUGACCCCUCGACUCCACUUCCCCCAGUGUUGUGUAUUGUGUUGAGACCUACAGAACAGUUCUAGCUGUUCUCUCAGACUUUUGGUGUCCCCCUUCCCUUCCUCCAAUCCUGGCCUGGGAAGAUUCCCUAAAACUAGGGGUUUUGACAGGACAGGGAGGGGGGCGACGCAGGAGUGGUCUGGUGUGAUCCCUGUGUGUGGCUUGAUGCUAAUGGUGUUCUGGAGUAAAGUCUUGUCAUUGAUCGCAAGUGUGUCCGCCAGAGAGUUCCAGUGUUGUGUAGCAAGCAGAGGCCCGGCUUGAGAAUGUGAAAACACAAAAGAAUCUCGUCUCUCACUCUUAACAGACUAUGUUUGGCAGCGCGGCCAUGCGUCAUAGGUCAGGAGGAGAGACGAUGGGAGUUGGGUCGACAAAAAAACAAAACAAGUCCCUCCCACCCACACACACACACUUUCCCCCUGAAAAUAUAA